GUGAUGUGCCAAGCUCAGAUGGGAGUAAAAUCACUGCAGGAGAGCACGAGGAGUUCAAAGGCGCAGCACAGAACAGGCGCUCACUGCCUGGCUGCAUCAUUGAGGGCUGUCCUGAUGCUUGUUCCAUUAGUGUCCAGGCUGAAGGCACGGCCCGCGGGCGGCCCGGUGAGCAGAGCAGCGGGAUGCUGACCCUAUGGGGUGUGCUCUGAGCAGGACGAGCAGCACUGGUGCCCUCAGCCCCUCCUCUUCCUCAUAGUGGGGUUGCUGGGGUUUAGAGCCCGCUGUCACACCACGUACCAUUUUAAUGGAACACCAUGCGUCUGGCAAAAAUUUGAGAAGGCUCAAGGCGUUAAAGAAAGCUCAUCUAAAUAAAGGCGGGUUAAAGUGACAUUGCAGUUACUUAAUCCUGUAUUGUCCUGCCAUGUGACUUCAGUGAUACUGAGGCGCUGCGUUUCUUUUGGUCGGUGCACAGAUUGUGCUUUUCCUGUCAUCUCCCAGGAUCAGUUGCUUUGUGAAAGCAGCAAUGGGAAGGAAACUGAGGGGCAGCAGACUAUUUGCAGCAAGGCUUUGAGGCCGUCACUUGCAAGGCACGCUGACAAGCUCCCAGGCUGAGGAAUGAAUCAGAGCAAAACCCCGUGUUCAGCUUUUGGACUGGUACCAGAAUCAGGAGCCACGUUCUUAAGGUUAGCUACUCAAAAUGAACUGGAAGCAACGGGAUUUAUGCAGAGCAGUUAAUGAGCUACUUGUCUGAAUUUUCUCUAUCAAGUUAGUUUUCAAAGCAGCUAGAUAAAGCCUAAAAAUUGGUGUCAAAUAUUCCGCAUUCAUGUCAAAUGUACUACAUAGAAUGUAAGCAAUGCACUGUAUUUCUGCAUAAAGCUUACUGUUUUACUGCAGAGCCUCUGUUACCUUGCAGACGAGCAUCCUGACACACUAAAACUGACAGUGAGAAAUGGACAAAAAUAGAAUAAAAUUCCAUCUCCAAAUUUGGACAGAACUGCAAUGUGUAAAUGCAACUUCUGAGGUGAAUUCCAAGCUACUAUUUGGACUCCUUCAGUAAGCAGUUUUGUUGCUGUUUGCACAGAUUGCGUAUUGCAGAUAAAUAUUUCACUUCAUUAAACUCCUUGUUGGGACAUUCUGUUCAAUGGAGAAGUGAUCACCUACAGACUAUGACAACAGGAUUUGUGAAUGGAGGAGGUCUUGGGAAGCACCGCUAUGCCAGGUGGAAUCGUGAGGACAGUGGAGAAGACUACGGGCGUGAGGAGUGCUGUGGAGGAGAUGAAGAGGGCAGGCAGCAGAGGCUGACCCCAUUUGAGAAGCUAAUGCAGGAUAUGUCCCACAAUGAAAAAGUGGUGAAAGAAUUAACCCUGGGGAAGAGAAUUGGCUUCUAUCGAGUCAGAGGAGAAAUAGGAAGUGGGAAUUUCUCACAAGUGAAACUUGGGAUUCAUUCUCUAACCAAAGAGAAAGUAGCUAUUAAGAUUUUGGACAAGACAAAACUAGACCAGAAGACUCAACGUUUGCUAUCUCGUGAGAUAUCCAGCAUGGAAAAGCUCCACCACCCAAAUAUCAUCAGGCUGUACGAAGUGGUGGAGACACUCUCAAAGCUGCAUCUGGUGAUGGAGUAUGCAGGAGGUGGGGAACUCUUCACUAAAAUCACGACAGAAGGAAAGCUCAUAGAAACAGAGUGCAAAAUAAUCUUCUCCCAGAUUGUUUCUGCUGUGAAGCACAUGCAUGAGAAUAAUAUCAUUCAUCGGGACUUGAAGGCAGAAAAUGUUUUUUACACCAGUAACACCUGCGUUAAGGUGGGAGACUUCGGAUUCAGCACCAUCAGUAAAAGAGAUGAAACUUUAAAUACUUUCUGUGGGUCUCCUCCUUAUGCUGCACCUGAACUCUUCCGAGAUGAGAACUAUGUUGGUGUUUAUGUAGAUAUCUGGGCACUAGGAAUACUGUUAUACUUCAUGAUAACGGGGAUCAUGCCAUUUCGGGCAGAUACGGUGGCCAAACUGAAAAAGUGCAUUCUUGACGGGACAUACAGCUUGCCUCCCUGCCUCUCAGAACCUUGCCAGAAACUGAUAAAAGGAGUCCUUCAGCCAGUACCAACAGAACGAUACUCUGUCAAACUCAUUAUGAACAGCGAGUGGAUGCAGGGGAUACAGUACCCAAAACCUUUACAGCCAUUUAAACUGGAUCCUAAGUAUUUAUCGGAGAUCAAUACGCUCAAAGAGGAAGAAAUUGAAGUGAAAAACGCUCUGAAAGAUCUGGGAAUCACAGAAGAACACAUUCAAAAUAAUCGGGGAAGAGACGCACGCAGCUCAAUAACAGGUGUCUACAGGAUUGUUUUACAUAAAGUACAAAAGAAAAGGGCACUCGAAUGCGUCCCUAUAAUGUCCCACCCAGAUCCCAAGGAACAAGACGUAAAUAAAGGAAUCAGCUCUUUUAACAGUAUAAAGCACACAUCCAAGCUGUGCUCUAUUUUGUAAACCACACUACAGGCUUAAUACUCAGCACGCUUAGCAAAGGGUUUUAUUCACUUCUCACAGGUUUUGGUGUUGCAUUUUUUUGUAAUUUUUAAAUAAACCAAAUUUGCCUCAUCUCCUUUGUAUUUUUCAGCUCACAUCUGAAGUGCCCAAAUGCAGAGCUCUAUCGUAUUUGUUUAUCCCUUGCUCAAGAAACACGGUAUAACUAGUGCAAGAACUCAAGUAAAAAAAGUAAGGAAUUAUCAGUGGAAGUGAUCUUUUAAUAAAGAUCCAACAUGACACACUUCAGAGCUCCCAGUACAUAACAGUUAACUUCUUGACAAGUUUCACCUUAGCUUGACACAACUAUACCACUGCAAACAGGAUUUUUUGCAGAGAGCUCAGUUUAAACACAAAAAUGAACUGAAUAUACUAUAUCCAACAACAGAAACAGCUCUCAUUACAUUUUAGUUAAAGAAAGAGCCGUGCUGCUGUUGACCAUGGUUCUUAACUUGUAACAGUUCAAAGGCAAAUUCAGAUGUGCUACUUGAACCCUGCAUGCGUGGUUGCAGUUUUUAGUGCCUAACUGGAUGGGUAACCAACCAUUAAUCUUCUGACACUUUCCACUACUUGUAUGAUUCUCACAGUCUCUACACACUUGGAAUAGAGCUGCACUCCAAUAAAUAAACAGAUAUAAACAUACUCUUAAAUUCUGAAAUUCUUGCUUUAGCACUAGAUAUCUUUCUAUGUAACAUGGCUGUUGUCAGUACCAAAGUCAAUCAGGUUACAGGCUGUACUAACCUUCUGUCACACUACUUUGGCAAGGCUGGUACAAAACUGAUUCUUAUACUCUUGACCACCACAAGUUGUAAGUUGGAUACCCUGACAAUUACAGUUUUUCUGAGUGUCACCAAGAUGCUGCCAUGUCCCAACCCAUCUUCACCUUUUAUCUGGGUAAUUUAUACCUUGGUCAACCAGCACAAACGCAGUAGUAGAAAAGUGCAGUAGCUUCCCUCUGAACAUGCACAACUGAAAUGCCUCCACUAAGGCAGAGUCUGAAUGAUUUUAGUUAAGGCAAGUAAAUUAAUGAAAGGUUUAGAGAGGUACAGCUAGUGCUCUCAAAUAUAAAAGCUGGAUGCCUUAUCUAUUACAGGGACUGAUUAGAUGUUUUCUUGACCUCAAAGAGUGAGUAAUGUAAAUAAGCAACAGGACAACUUUGAAAAACCACCUGUGGGAAACCAGGUUCAACCAGACUCAGCCACACACAAAGAACCAAUCCCCCUUUCACAGUCUGUGAGGACAUAAAACAAUACCACCUUCCAAAAUACAGUAAUGAGAUCAGUAUUACUUCAUAGGCUGUGAAUGAAUUCCUCCACCAUGCAACCUGAAAACAUUUAAGAUAUCUUGAAACAAAGCCUUGAAAUAAUGAUUUUCCACAAGCCUCAGCAACUCUUUCUUUCCAUUUUUUUUAAUGACAUAUUAAAGACAACAAUCCAAGAGGUCCACAAAGACUGUGACCCCAGAACUUCAAGCUUUCGUAAGGCCAGUUUCCUCUUUCUUGCCUGUUAAAGAAAAAUUGCAUCCUGAAAACCCAACAAGUCAGCACUACUGCAGUGUGUUUCAAACAUCUCAAACUUUAUUUUAAUAAAGGAUCUGCUCACAGUGAGGCCCCUGUGGUUAACUUUUUGCCAGUAGCAGCUCAAUUCUCGGCUUGUCCACUGCCAGCAAUGGACUUUUGUUCCAUGGCAUUUUUACUUUCUGGUGCCAGGACAAGUUUCAUGAGGGCAACCUAAACCAAAAUACUUGCAAACACUAUUUUCAUGCAUCACCUCUCCAUCACUUUCAGCAGAACAAACAGAUUAUUCUCCAUCAAAUUAUAAACAUCAAUUUUUAUCAAGGCUUGACUGUACAAAUACAGCAAGUUACCAAAUCCUAGUAAGUGACAGAUAUUACAAACACUUUGUUACACACACAAAAAAAAGAUUGUGAUUUAAACAGAUGAAUAUGGUUUUUUGCUACUUUAUGAUACGUAGCUCUGUAGAAUUAGCAAAGAAAAAAGUUCAACAAAACUUCAUUCUGUACAUUAGCUCAAUUAAAUAUAUAUUACAAGCUUACAAGGCUCAUGUCAUAGUUUAUUUCUAAUCUGGGCUUUAAAAAGCUGCCAGAAUAUAAUCCCCAUAAGUAAUAUGUAUCUACCACUUGCAAGACAGAUAGCUUUUAUCGUGCAUGUCUGGAAAAAAAAAAAGAAAGAAAAGACCCCACUUCUACAACAUCCCCAA